AUGUUUGGAUAUGCUCAUGAUCGAGCGUCUGAAAUUUCUUCAUCUGAAACCAGUGGCGACGAUGUACCUGUAAUAGACCCUCCCACAACCCACGAGUCUGAGUCACCAGCAGCUACCCUGUCAUCUCACACUGGAAGUCCUGACUUGAAUACUCAGGCUGACUCGAAUGCUCCGAGUCAACACUCCAUGGUGCUUGACCCCACUAGUACUGCCGUAUCGUGGUGUGAACCACCGUCUGCAUUGACCGCUGUCAUGGGUGAGAUCUCUCCCAGUCUCACACCUGACUUGGACUCUAAUAUUGUGGAGGUAGCUGCACUUGUGCAGCUUCCGAAGUAUCGAAAAAAACCUGAAGUCAGCCCCAGAGGUUGUCAAGUCGUACAAGCUCGAGCUUCUUGUACUGCUACUACUACUCGUCAGACUUGCAAGAGGAAGAUCGACAGUUGCAAUGAUGUCAACGCUGACAAGGAGAACAUCACAAUAUCUCUGAGUCAUCAUGAUACUCCAGUCAUCAAGUGCAUCUGCCGGGAGAAAUCAGGCACUGACUGGCAGUCUGUCCUUGAUAUUAUUGAGUAUGGUGAAGAACAAUGA